CGUUGUCCAGGCCAUGGGCUUCAGGAGAUGGUGAUGGUGUCUGUGUGCCUCUGCUCAGAAGGUUACUCCCCGGUGAUCAUGGGCUCUGGCUCCGUGACCUACGUGGACAACAUGGCCUGCAGGCUGGCUCGUUUGCUGGUCACCCAGGCUGAUCGCCUCACAGCCGGUAGUCAUCAGACCUUGCUGACUCCAUUUGCCCUGACGGCGGGAGCUUUGCCUGCUUUGGAUGAGGAGCUCGUGCUGGCUCUGACCCAUCUGGAGAUGCCUCUUGGGUGGACUGUCUUGGGAAAUUACUCACUUGAAGUGUCUUUAUGCAGAGAGUCUCUUCUACACCUGGCUAUGAGAUGGGGCCUGCCUAAGCUGUCUCGUUUCCUCUUGUGUCUCCCUGGGGGAGUCCAGGCUUUGGCUUUACCCAAUGAAGAAGGUGCCACCCCAUUAGACUUAGCUUUACGUGCCGGAUACUCCGAGCUGGUUGAAGACAUCACAAAUUUCCAGGGCAGACGUUUCCCCGACUUUUCCCGGGUGCAGCUCAGUGAAGAUGCCUUCCUGCAGUAUAUUCACUCCUCAGAAACGCUGACCUUGACUCUGAACCACACGGCUGAGCAUUUGUUGGAGGGAGAUAUUAAACUCUUCAGGAAAUACUUUUGGGACAGAGCCUUUCUCCUCCAGGCUCUUGAAGAUCAAGAAGCCAGGCCGGAGGAAAGACAAGACAUGCCUUCCAGUGCUGCAGAAACUGAAGAAGGUAUGGAAGCUCCUUGCCCCUCCCUGAGGAACCCAGAGAGUACUCAGAAGUAACAAGUUAAACUGGUGGUGACAGUAGGUAGUGAAGCGUAGUAGAAACCGAUUCUUUCCUUUGGCUUUCUAUUUAAGAAUAUUUUUUAUUUUUUUGAAAUUAGGUGUGAGGAUAGGGUUAUAUAUAUUUGGGGGCAUGAUUACAUUAUCUAUUUAAUUUCAGGAUGGUGGAGGGGCAUUACAAAAUAUCUG